ACUGGUUUGUAAUGGAUUUUAAAAAUUGCAACGACUAUGAAAUAUUGGCAAAAAUUAAUGGAAGGAAAUUAUUUAGAUACCCAUUAAAGUACCUUUUUCUUGUGAAUGUCAUUGAUUACUCGACAUUCUUAAAAAAGUUAGAUUCACUAUCACUGCUUAUUAUGAGCGAAGUUGUCGUAGCUAGUUUUGGAAAAGAAUCUAUAGAUUUGUACCAACCUUAUAAAAUUCAAGAAAACGAAAGCUUAAUUGUAGAAAACUAUGGGAUUUGGACCGAAAACACGGGAAUACGGUUGUAUUACGAUGGCAAUAGUUUUGCAAAAAGGCGUCGAGAUUUCAGAAAAUUGCAUAUCACAGUCAGUGCAGUUGUCCAUAAUAUAGAAAAUGUUAAACUCAAAGAUUUUGACGACAUCCCGGCGCCUCAAGAGGAUGAACCUUAUUUUUCCCAAGACAUGGCUAUUAUCAACAAUCUCAUGCAAUACCUAAAUGCAUCCUAUUCUUUAAAAAUUUUUGAUAGCUACGGUUACCUGAAUCGUACAACUGGAAAGUUCGAUGGAAUGGUUGAAGAUAUAUACGAAGAAAGAAGUGAUAUAAGUAUUUAUGUGAUUCUCUCGGAGGAAAGACAUGCGAUUGUUGAUUUCAUAAAACCUGCCGAAAAUUUUGCAACCAAAACAAAGUUUAUUUUAAAAAAGCCAGCAAUGUCUUAUAUCGAAAACAUAUAUUAUGUGACUUUUACGGGCAAAGUUUGGAUAUCUUCUCUGGCUAUUUUGGGCACUCUGUCUGUCUCUUUGUAUGUUUUACUAAACUGGGAAGCCAAACAUAUGAACCGUAAAAGUAGUUGCUGUAAGUAUACCUUCAGCGAUAUCACUCUAAUUUCAUUAGAAGCUGUGUGCCAACAAGGCACAAUGACGGAUUCCUCAACAUAUUCUGGAAGAACUAUAAUAUUUCUAUUUUUUACCGCCUUCAUGUUCCUAUAUGUAGCUUAUUCUGCAUAUAUUCUUGUUCUGCUACAGUCCACCAAACCUAUCACUUCUAUAAGACACCUGGUAGAAAGUAGAGUUGAAUGUGGUGGACUGAAUCUCAGUUACACGAUGGCUUAUUACGAGUCCACCAAAGACGAAGCUCUAAGAGAUCUUUACAGGAAGAAAAUCUAUCCAAAUCGCUUUUAUUCACUCCAAGACGGUUUGAAUAAAGUUCAAGAAGGAAAUUUUGCUUUCCAAGUAAUACUUGGACCAGCUUACAACUACAUUUUGAAAACGUAUACGAACUAUGAUAUCUGCAAAAUACAAGAACUGCCUGGUUACAUGAACACUAUAAUGUCACCCACAGUUCCAAAAUCAUCGCAGUACAAAAAGCUGUUCAAAAUCGGACUAACUAUGGUAGAAGAACGAGGUCUGCAACACCGAAUCAAGAAUCGUGUUUCCAUAAGACCCAGGUGCUACAAUGAGGCUGGCAAUUUUCAGUCAGUCAGAAUAUACGAUUGUCAUUCCGUUUUCAUCUUAUUCGCUAUGGGAGUAGCUUUAGCUUUUGGAAUAUUCUGGCUUGAAAUUUUUGUAGAAAAAUAUUAUAAAAGACAAAAAAAAUAAGUCCGCAUUAAUCAGGAUUUGUAAUAGAAUGAAUUGCACCGUAGCACACAUAGUUUAAAUGUUAAGUAUA